UAGUGGAGAGAUCCAAAGCGAAACCACGAAUCGGAAAGUAAAAAUGGUGUCGUCGAUGAUAUCAAUCAAGGCGGCACUAAUCUCCACCGGAAUAGCCGCCUUGUCUCUGUUUCUAAAGUACUCUGUUCCCAUCGGAGUCGAUUUCUCCGUGUCGCGAUUCCCGAUAAUCUGGAGUUCAUUUCUCUCGUGGCUGAAACCGCCGUACCUAUUCGUCGUGGCCAACGUCAUUAUCGCCAUCAUCGUAGCUUUUUCCAAGUAUCACCAGAGCAUCGAAGACCAGGAGGAAAGUGAAGACGACGACAACGAGAUUUUACAAUGUGGCGAAUACAAGUCACGGGUUGAGCCAAUCGUCGUCACCCAAGCUCCUCUAGAGAUGAAGGAUGUGAAUCUGGAUACGAAUUCUGAUUUCGCGGCGGAGGUUGUGUACGAAGAGGAGAUCUCAUCAGGACUAAUCAACGGUGAAGAUGAGCUGAAAUCGGAGUUGAAUCAUGUGCCCUCUACGAUUGAAGAGUCAGAGAAUCUCACUCCGGCUGAAGCUAGAUCCGGUCACCGCAAACCGGUGAAAACGAUUUCAAAAGGCGGUAAUAAUAAAAAGAAGGCGUUGAGAGUGGUGAAACCGAAGCGGCACGAGAAGAUUGAUGACACGUGGAAGAUGGUGACGGAGGUGGGAAAGGCAACGACGUUGACCAGUGGUUUCCGGAGAUCAGAGACGUUCGUCCUUGGCGCCGGCGGCGAUGUGAAACCUGUAUUGAGGAAAGCGGAGACGUUCAAGGACGUGACUAAUAAUCAUCGGCAGUCGUCUACGACUAUGACGGUGAAGAUGAAGAAGAAGAAGAAGAAGAAGGAGAUAAAGAUGAUGUCGCCGAGUAGAGAUGAGCUGAAUCGAAGAGUUGAAGCUUUUAUUAAGAAGUGUAAGGAAGAGAGUUUAAGAUCGGAGAAAGAGUUUGUGGCUUAAGAAUAAUAAGAUUGCGAGAUUAAUUAGCUUUUCGUCUUAAUUUAUUAUCGUUUUAAAUUUACUUAGAUGACGGAUAAGACUAAUCAUCUCAAAAUUACUUUUGUUUUGUAUGAGAAUUUUGGCUUUUAUUUUCAAAAAAAUUGGGCAUUUGAAGUGGUCUUGUUUUA